AUGCGACAAGCAGUGUGGAUGGUUGCAAACGUACAGCAGCGUGCUGUCAUGCAGCCGGGCUGCACGGAGCAGGGCGCGAUCAAGCCGGGAUUGAUGACGCGUGCCCGCGGGUACAAGGACCCGCCGGCGGAACAUUCGUUCAUGGCCGGGCCUGGACAAAACGCAAGUGAUUCCGGGAUUCACUUGAAGAAGCGACGGCGCAAGCACACAACGCUGCGCAAGUCUCAGUCGGGGACCGAGACCCUUCAUGGUGUGUCUGCCGGGCAGACACAAGUACCAAAAGUGGCCGUCGAAACGUUGAAUGUCUUGACGCGGGCCUGUACUGGGUAUCAGUACAAGAAGAUGGAGUUGGAGAACCCUCCGACUGAUAUGUCGGAGUUGACUUCGCUUCCAGUCAUGAGCUGGAAGCGCUUCGCGAAGGACCUGUUUUGA